GGUGCUGGCCGUGAUGCUGCUGUCGCUGAAGGUCUUUGGCACCAGCAAGGACCUGGAAGGGGCAAAGAAGCUGGUCGCGGGCCUGGAGGGCACGGGCGGCGCUUCGCGGGCGGCGACGUGGGCCGGGAUCCGCAGCGCGGACCGAGGUGUCGGUGCUGCAGAGGCUCGACUUCCGCACCUGCGUGCCCACCUCUCGGGACCUGCUGGACCGGCUGCUGCGCGAUCUCGAGGACUCUCCUCGAGCCGCGGGCCGCACGCGCCGCCGCGGGAAGCCUCGCGGGCCUCGCGGGCUUCUUGCUGGAGCUGGGCACCGUGCACGACCCAGCGGCCGUCUACGGCCCGGGGAGGCCCCCGGCUGCCGCCGCGCUGGCGGCCCUACUGCUGGCGCUCUGCGCCACGGGCGAGCGGCGGCAGGGCUUGCAGGCGCUGCGGUCGCAUGCGCGCCUCCUCGACGCCGCGGGCCCCGCCGUCGCGGACAUCGGCGAGGCGCUGUGGAGGCGCUGGGCGCGCGAGGCGCAGCGGGGCGCGGAGCUGGCCCGCCGCGGGGAGGCGCCGCCGACGGUGCUGGAGCAAGUGGCGCAGACGGCUCGGCGGCUCCUUGGGCGUAGCGCCGCCGCCGCCAGCCGAGCUGCGGUGCCUGACGAGCGCGGUGUGCCAGGAGCCGCGGGAGGCGCUGAAGGGCGAGGCGCGCCACCCGGAGGCAGACGCCCCGCCUGCCCAGCGAGGAGAAGGGCCACCAUCGCACGACCAGCGGGUGCUGGCCGCACUGCCGACCCCGGCCCGUCGCCUCUGUCGGCAGAGGUCCGACCCCGAAGCCAGCCGCGGCGGGCCCCCGGCGCCGCCGGGUCCGCCCGCUGGCGGCGGCGCGGAGGCGGCGCGGGCGCUGCCGCCGCGCCUGCGCUCCGACGAUGCGACGAUGCUCAAGGAAUCCUACAGGCGUCACGGCACGGGCCCGAGGUUCAUGAAUUUGCAGGACGAGGAUGCGGCGGAGAUUCGCUGGAGCAGGCGCCUCGGGCGGGCGGUCCGGGCCGGGCGGGCGGCGCUCGGUGCGGGUCGGGCGGGUGUCAACCGAGGGAGGAGCGGCAGGUGUGUUCGAGGUGCGGAGUCUUUGCGGGCUCCCAUGCCGCCCCUGCCCCGUGGGCCGGCCGGCCGGCCGGUGCUCGGCGCGGGGGCUGCCCGCUGCUCGGCGAGGACCGAGCCUCGGCUCCCAGAGAUCCGAGGUCGGAGCCUCGGCGGCGCGCGCGAGGGGCCUCGCUGUUGGUUCCCGCCAGACCCCACCAAGGAUCAUGGACGACAGGGCAGGCUGUGGCAGCGGUUGGAGGAGACGGAGAGGAGUGAAGGGAUGGGAGCGCGGUUGAAAGGGCGGGUUCAGGCCGCUGUGAGGCAGGUCAGCGAGAACCUCAGCAUGCCCCGGGGUCCUCUGACCGGGUCUACGCCACCUCCCAAGAGUCGCAAAAAGGAGGAGGACGACAUGGACGACGUGGGUCCCGAAAUGAGCAAGCUGGCAGGCGUCCUUACACGCAGGCUUGGGGACAUGAUCGCGGAGAAGUUUGAGGAGCGCGACCUGAGGCUCCGGGCGGUGGAGGAGAAGGUCGAAGGGGUGGCCAAGGCCACCGACGAGGCCAUCGGCAGCUUGGAGGACAAGCUCGAGGCCUUGCACAAGGAGGUGGAGGAGUUGAAGAGCAAGGGAGGGGAGGAGGGCAUCGGGAGGGUCGAUGAGGAGCUGAGGAAGAAGAUAACUGACAUGGAAACGAACCUUCACAAGAUCAAGAAGGAGCACACGAACAGGAAGGUGGCCAUUCUCGGCGGGUUUGGUCAAGGCACAAGCUUCCAGGAGGCGAAGGACAGCAUCGCAGUCCAUCUGAACAAGGUAGGUCUGAAGGUGCCGGCGGAUAUGUAUUACAAGGGGGAGCGCGUCCCGUUGGGGUUCCUGGUCGGCGUCAAGAAGUUGCUGGUCAGCUGGAACUUCAGCAAGAAGGCCAUCAAGGUGGACGAGGAGGAGAUGGUUAUGAGCGUCGGCGGCACGGACGUUCUGCAGGCCGUCGUGGAGCACAACGUCCUGACGAUGAAGUGGUUGGCGAGCGACUGGGAGAAGUGGUCCGACUUUACGGAUGCAGGCGAGCUGGCGGAGCUGAUUGCCAAGGCCGGCGAGCGCCUCACGAACUUUGGGGAGGGCGGGGCGAAAGGGUUUCUGGAGCAUACGGGAAGAACAGCACGCAUCAAGAUGAACGUCAGGGGCGGCGCGAUUGGAAUUUGCACAGCGUACGCUCCACACAAUGAGAAGCCGCCGGAGGAGAAGUUCGCCUUCUACGAGAACUUGGACGAUCUGUGCGACAAGUGCUCGGUGAGCGGCCAGCGGCUCCUGCUGGGCGACAUGAGUGCCCGACUUGGGCAGAGGAGGCAGGGCGAGGAGGACGUGCUCGGAACACAUACCUGGGGCAGGGAAGCGGUCAAGAAAGUGGAGCCUCCGAACCGAGACUUACUUGUGGAGUUCUGCCUGGAACGCGAUCUGAUGGUAGGCAACACCUACGUGGAGGGGAUGCCAGAAGAAAAGGCCACGUUCGUGGAAAGCGGCGCCGGACACAUGAGCGAGGUUACAGAACGCACCCACAACAUGCUCGAUCUGGCCCUGGUGGAGUCUGGUUUCGCUUCCGACGCCCAGGAUAUCAGGGGCCAUAGGGAAGCAGGGAUACAGUCGAACCACUUUCUGGUAUCAUGCUCGAUCCGUCGUUGCUUCGAGGCGCCUCCCAAGCAGGUUACGAAGCGGAAGGAUAGAAGCGCCUUGACGUUGCCAGGCGCGGCGAGGAAAUUCACGCAAACCUUCAAAGACAUGGCGCCGCAGACACGGGGGAGCGAGUCCGUUGACGAUGCGCGGGCUGGUAUGGUCGGAGCUUUUGAGGUGUCAGGGGGCGCGGUCCCAGAGAAGUAUCGUAUCAGCCGGCGGCCGUGGAUUAGCCAAUGCACGUUGGACCUCAUUGACCAGCGGUCGCAGGCGCGCCUGGAGAACGACCAGGUCAAGCAACGGGACCUGCGCCGGAAAGUGAGGAGAUCGGCGAAGGCGGACAAAACUAUGUGGCUCAACGACUGCAUACAGACAGGCACUUGGGAUGGCCUGAAGCUGAUCCGGAAGACGCGGCGGCGGUCGGCCAGAGGCCUCGCCGGGCAGCCUCUGCGCGCCAUGGUGGCCCCGCGGGCCACGCGCGAGGGUGCAGGGCAGCGGGCUGGGCUGGCAGGGUUGGCAGGCAUUGCGAAGCGCGAGCGCCUCAGAUAUUCGAUGAACGCCAUGGUGGACACCCCCGCCGGCGCGGCGGUGGAUGCCCGCGCGGAGCUGGGCGCGGCGGCGGCCCGCAGCUGCGCGGCCCUCGCGGACAAGAGGGAGGCAUACCUUCGGAGCACCUACGAACGACAACUUGCUGAGCCUGGCUACGCUCAGCUGGUGAACUCGUCCGUGCCGAUAGUUGGCACAUGGGACGAUCAUGAUUACGGAGUGAACGACGGCGACAAGAGUUUCGAUGGCAAGCGUUGGAGCCAGGUAGACUGGCAGGCCGGAACGCUCGCAGUGAAGAUUUUUGACGCGGAGCCAGAGCCCAAGCUGCACCGGAUCUUCAAGCUCUCCGAGAUUGCGCGGGCCGCCAGGGCCGCCCUGCUCGAGCGGCAAGCGGCCCAGCUCACGAGGCAGCUCCUCCGCAAGAGGGAGGCGGAGAUCGAGCAGCGGCUGUCCCAGGACUCCGUGACCUCCCGGGCCAACCAUGAGCGCAUCUUGCAGCGCCUGGCGGAGGAGGCCCACGGGAAGGAGACCGAGGGCGUGGUGGCGCGGGAGGUCUCGCGGCAGAUAUGCGCGGGGAUGCAGAUGAGGCAGAGGCUGCGGGAGGAGAAGGGCGGCCAGAGGAGGGCCGAGGAGGCCGAGAGGGACAAGUGGAAGCAGGCGCGCAGCCUCUACGAGAAGAUGAGCCUGGAGGGCCGGCUGCGGGAGCGGGAACGAGCGAACCAGGAGCAGGGGCGACCAGGUCCGGGCCAAGCAGAGGGAGCACGAGGAGAGGGCCAAGGAGGUGGGCAGGCAGGAGUCCGAGAGGAAGCAGACCUGGCAGGCGCACCACACGGAGCAGGCCGACAGGGCGGAGCAGCGCCGGCAGGGCGAGACGCGCGAGCUGCUCGAGAAGACCCGGGGGGGCGGUCGGCGAUGGCCAAGCGGCAGGGCGAGGUCGAGCAGCGGCGGAAGCAGCUGGAGGAAGAGCGCCACGCAGGACCUCCAGGGGCCCGUGGCAGGAGCGCCUCGAGCAGCAGCGGGCCGCCGCGCGGGCGGCCGACGAGGAGCGGAUCGCCAGCCUGCUGA